AUGAAUGUCUCUGCACUGAGCCUCACCAGACUCCCAGGGAGCAUCUCUGGGUUCCUCCAGCUGGCCUCCCUGCUCUGCCUGCUUCUGCUGCUGUUCAAGGCAGCCCAGCUCUACCUGCGCAGGCAGUGGCUGCUCAAAGCCUUCCAGCAGUUUCCAUCCGCACCCUCCCAUUGGCUCUUUGGCCACAAGCAAAUCCAAAAGGAUCAGGAGCUGCAACAGAUUCUGUCAUGGGUAGAGAAGUUCCCCAGUGCCUUUCCUCGCUGGCUCUGGGGCAGCAAAGCUCACAUGGUUAUCUAUGACCCUGACUACAUGAAGGUGAUUCUGGGGAGAUCAGAUCCAAAGGCCUCUGGUACCUACAGAUUCCUGGCUCCCUGGAUUGGAUAUGGUUUGCUCCUGAUAAACGAACAGACGUGGUUCCAGCACCGGCGGAUGUUGACCCCAGCCUUCCACUACGACAUCCUGAAGCCCUACGUGGGAAUCGUGGCUGACUCUGUCCGAGUGAUGUUGGACAAAUGGGAAAAACUCAUUGACAAGGACUCCUCUGUGGAGGUCUUCCAGCACAUCUCCAUGAUGACCCUGGACUCCAUCAUGAAGUGCGCCUUCAGUUACCAAGGCAAUGUCCAGUUGGACAGGCAUUCCCAGUCCUACGUCAAAGCCAUUGGGGACCUGAACAACCUGUUUUUUGACCGUGUAAGAAAUGCCUUUCACCAGAACGACACCAUAUAUGGUCUGUCCUCUAAUGGCCGUUUGUUCCACCGUGCCUGCCAACUUGCCCAUGAGCACACAGACCAAGUGAUCAAAGAAAGGAAGGCUCAGCUGCAGAAUGAGAGAGUGUUGGAGAAGAUCAGGAGGAAGAGGCGCUUGGAUUUCCUGGACAUCCUCUUAUUUGCCAAAAUGGAGAAUGGGAGCAGCCUGUCUGAUGAGGACCUUCGUGCCGAGGUGGACACCUUCAUGUUUGAGGGCCAUGACACCACAGCCAGUGCUAUCUCCUGGAUCUUCUAUGCUCUGGCUGCACACCCUGAGCAUCAGAAGAAGUGCAGGGAGGAGGUCCAGAGCCUCCUGGGGGACGGAGCCUCCAUCACCUGGGACCACAUGGACCAGAUGCCCUACACCACCAUGUGCAUCAAGGAGGCCCUGAGGAUCUACCCACCAGUACCAGUUGUUGUCAGAGAGCUCAAAACACCUGUCACCUUCCCUGAUGGACGCUCUUUACCCAAAGGCAUCAUAGUCACACUGUCCUUUUAUGGCCUUCACCACAACUCAAAAGCGUGGCCAAACCCAGAGGUAUAUGAUCCUUUCCGGUUUGCACCAGAUUCUUCCCGACACAGUCACUCAUUCCUGCCUUUCUCAGGAGGAGCCAGGAACUGCAUCGGGAAACAGUUUGCCAUGAAUGAGCUGAAGGUGGCUGUGGCCCUGACCCUGCUCCGCUUUGAGCUGCUGCCAGAUCCCACCAGGAUCCCCUUUCCCAUUCCGCGACUUGUAUUAAAGUCCAAGAAUGGGAUCCACCUGCGUCUCAGAAAACUCCACUAA